GGAAAAAAAAAAAUCAAUCCAGAUUCCAACAAUGGCUAGUGUAGUUCUUGGACGUGAAAUCACAGAGCUGAGAUUGGGUCUUCCCGGAGAUGACAGCCCGGUGGCGAAGAAGAGGGUAUUUUUUGAAAUUAGCAGCGAUGCUGAUGACGAGAACAGCACGAGCGAUGACGGGAACAAGAAUCCGAAGAAUCAGGUUGUUGGGUGGCCGCCGGUCUGCUCUUAUAGGCAGAAGAUGAGUCUGCCGGAGAAGAAGAACGACUCUGAAAUUAAGAAAAUUUACGUGAAGGUCAGCUUGGAUGGGGCGCCUUUCCUGCGCAAGAUUGAUUUGAAUGGUUACAAUGGGUAUUCUGAUCUUUCGAUUGCGAUCGAGAAGCUGUUUGGGUGUUUCGGAAUCGGUUCCUUUGGUAUAAAGGACAGUGAGAACUCCGAAUAUAUUCCUAUCUACGAAGACAAAGAUGGAGAUUGGAUGCUGGUUGGAGAUGUUCCUUGGGAGAUGUUCAUAGAGUCGUGCAAACGGUUAAGGAUAAUGAAAGGCUCAGAUGCAAAGGGCUUUGGAUUGCAAACGAAAACUCCCCCACACAUCUCGAAGGCCCACCAAUCAGAAAAUCAUGCGGCGAGCAAGAAAUAUGAAUCACGUGGACAUGAAUCACGUGAAUCGUUGCAUUUUCUAUGACGGUUGCUUAAGCUAAUUCUAAUAGAGGAUUAGUAGAUGUUAAAUCUACCACUUCAACUAAAUUACCGACAAGCUGGAUUGCUCACACAUCAGAGUCCGAAACGGAUUUGGAGUUGGUUUGGCUCUAGAACAUACACACAAGAAGUGAUUUUCAUAGACAUAAUAGGACUUUUAUUUCAAGAUUACUUGUUUUAUUUGUGUUUUCAACUAAUGGUAAAUAAGAAAAGUGAGGAAAGUAUGGAAGAGAAUAAAAGAGAAGAGAAAUUGGAAACUGAUUAAGGAAUCUUUGAAUGUUUUUAUUUUGUGGUUUUCUUGGUUUGGGUGUGAUAUAUUAUUUUCGGUAUUGUAAUUAUUUUUGGGAUAAUUGUAAAAUUUCUUCUUCUUUUGCAUUGCAUAA